CCCCCAUUCUCGCCCUCUUUCCUGACCAGCUGCAGAAAGGAAAGAAAAUCCCUUGGCUUCAAAAUGACAUCCGGAGAACCGAAGACAAGCCUAAAGAAUGCCUACCUGUCAUCUGCCAAGAGGCUGUCUCUGAAGGCGGAGGAGGAGGAGGAGGAGGACUACUGUACCCCCGGGGCCUUCGAGCUGGAGCGGCUCUUCUGGAAGGGCUGUCCCCAGUACACCCACGUCAAUGAGGUCUGGCCCAAGCUCUACAUCGGUGAUGAGGCGACGGCGCUGGACCGCUACGGGCUGCAGAAGGCGGGCUUCACGCACGUGCUGAACGCGGCGCACGGCCGCUGGAACGUGGACACCGGCCCCGACUACUACCGCGAUAUGGACAUCGAGUACCACGGCGUCGAGGCCGAAGACCUGCCCACCUUCGACCUCAGUGUCUUCUUCUACUCGGCGGCCGCCUUCAUCAACACGGCGCUGCGCGACGACCACAGUAAGAUCCUGGUUCACUGCGCCAUGGGCCGCAGCCGCUCGGCCACCCUGGUCCUGGCCUACCUGAUGAUCCACAGGAACAUGACCCUGGUGGACGCCAUCCAACAAGUGGCCAAGAACCGCAGCGUCCUACCCAACCGGGGCUUUCUGAAGCAGCUCCGAGAACUGGACAAGCAGCUGGUGCAGCAGAGGCGACAGGCCCAGCGCCAGGGCGGCGGGGAGGACCCUGAGAAGCAGCUCUAGGGCCCUGCUCACCGGCCGAGCAGAGACACUCGGGGACGGAGCGGGAAAGGCUGA